UAUCGAUUCGUCAAAUACGUUUAUAUCAAAGUAUCUAUUCGUAGCGCAAUGUAUUGGUAGAAAUUUUAUUCAACUUCAAGAAAAUGGCUCACAACAAAGUAACCGUGGUUUUAUUUUCAUUGAUAUGCAUAUCAACAGUUACUUAUGCAACUCAAAGUACAGAAACAGAAACCGAUUUCCCAUCAGAAUACAUCGCAAAAUCAAUCGAAAAAUCGAUAGCCACAGUAUUCACAAGCAUAGAUUCCAACGUGAUAAACGAAUUAAUCGAUAGUAUUGACAAUUCCAACGCAACCAAUUUUGAAACCAACAUCAAUAGCGGUGAGAAAACUUCCGACAAUAAAUUCUACUACAGUGGAGUCAAUGUCUCGGUAUUGUACUAUGGAUAUCCCGAAGCACAUUUUGAUUUCGCCACAAAUAAACUGGUCAUAUUCAAUUCCGAAUUUACCGUUAGAGUAGAAGGCUACCUGGGGUCAGUCAAAGAAAUCGCUCUGGCUGGCUUUAUACGCUCACUCGACUUCACCAAUAUCACAAUAAAAGCGCAAAAAUCACCUGAGAAUAUUUCCGAUGACAAAUUUCAAAUCAGUAUUACCUACGAUGAUGUAAACUUUAAUUACAUUUACUCUCCCUGGUUUCAAGAAUAUUUAACAUCCGAAGAACAACAAAAACUAGCUGAAAAAAUCGUACGCACGUUACCUCUCGUACUCCUCGACAACAUCAAUCAAAACGAGCAGUUCCUCGAAGUUCUCAACAGAACUUUUAGCAAACAGAUGUUCAAAAGAGAGAUGGCCUUGAGCUGUCCCGAUUUCUUCAACCAUGAAGAAAAAUUCUACUACCGAGCGCAAAACGUAUCGUCUUUCCGCGUAACUUUGGGCAAUAUCACCGUCAAAGGGUUAAUGAACUUCGUUUCGGUCAAAUUCGAUCGUGCUUUGGGACACCUAACUAACACACUGGAGAUUGAGAACGUCCGAGGAAAAGCUAUAUUACGCUAUGAUGGUGAAAAUUCGACUGCUUUUGAAUUAGACUUCGAAACCGAGCGAAUUUCGAUGUCGGUUAAUGGAGCAAUGCAAAGAGUGUAUGUAGAAGCUCGUAACUAUUCGGUAAUUGAUACCAAACGUAAUGUUUCGUUGUCGCAAAGUCAGUCUGGUUGGAUUAUGGAAGGGAUUGGACAGGCAAUCGCUGCAUCGACGCUGCCAUCGAUGAAAAUUUGCAGAAGCAAAGCUGAACUUUCCGGCCAACACGAAACGGUCCAUCCACUCACACAACUAUUCACUGAAAUAUCCGAAAAAUUCCACUGGAAUAUUAUUAACGAAUCGUACAGCCAGUGGACUCCAUUCGACGGCAAUUACACCACGACAAAGAUGAAUUUCAAUUCAGAAUCUCAUAAAUACAACAUUUCUAUUCAUAAUUUAAUUCUCGAUCCCGGUUUAUCAACUCAUUAUCCUUAUCAAGUCGAAUGUUAUUUCUUCGAGACUUUAAAGGUAGUCUAUUACAUAGAAGGUAGCGCAAAUGGAACCAUUCGUCUUCAAAACAACGCCAAUGACACGGUCGAUAUUGAUUUCCAAGCCCAACUCUCUUUCGCCGACCAAAUCAUCAAACGUGAACCGAACGGUGCACACGAAUUCAAAAUGUGGCUCGCAUUCUACUCAGAUCCUAUUUCAAUCACUCUAUGUCUACUGCCUGCCAACACGAAUUACACACUCGAAGACUCGGAUAUACUCGAAAUAACCAACAUAAUAAACGAUACACUAAUCUCAAUGACUAGAGAAAUAAUGCUCCACAACUCGAAACCUCUGCUCUCGGCACGCCUGGAUUUAUGCAUGAUUCCGAAUCAAAUAGUUGACAAUUUCUUGCCACCUUUCGCCGAUUACCAAGUCCCAUACGUAGCUGAGGGUAAAGGAAUCUACGGAGGGAGACAUUUCACGUCGAAAAUAUACAACAUUUCGUUAAACGGAUUAUCACAUUUCGAUUUAGUUCGAGUCGCGUUCAAUAGAGACGAUAUGCCCAAUUUCAUUUCCAGCAGUUCCAGCGAAGAAGACGUUGGCUCGUUUGUCGAGUUCCCGAUUUACAAUAUCACCGGUCGAAUGAACUUUAACGAUUCUUCGGUCAAGUUUAACGAGCUUUUGCUAGAACGUCUCGAUGAGUUGUCCAUGGUGAACGCUACCAAUACAGGAAUGAUUAGCUUGUUCCCUAGUCAUAAGUAUAAAAUUACUCCUGUGCCGGAAGAUCCGAGAUUUUCGUGUCACGAUUCGAUGUGGAUUAUGGAGAAAAUCGAAGAUAUCGUUGAGAAUUCGUUGAGUAAGAAGAGUGAUGAUUUUUUAUACCCGAUGGCGUGAGUCGAAUUUAAUUAGGGAAAAUUCGAGUAUUCGUCUAAAAACUCAUUUAAUUAAGGUACUUAAUUUGAUAGAUCAAAAAAAUGUUAGUUUUUAAAAUAAAAUACUGUUAAUUUUUUA